UUGUUGAUUUGACAAGUGCCGAAUAUAUAGUAUAUUAUUUAUAGAAUACAGGAUGGCGCGAGGCAGCGCCGCAGGCUUUGACAGACACAUAACCGUCUUUUCGCCAGAAGGUCGGCUGUUUCAGGUGGAAUAUGCAUUCCGGGCACUCGCGCUGGACAACCUGACGCUCGUUGCCAUACGGGGCGCCACCUGUGCCGUGCUGAUCGUACAGCAGAAGCGGCUGGACAGGCUCAUUGUGCCAGAGACUGUGACACGUUUGUUUUCCAUUAACAAGCAGAUCGGCUGCGGCAUGAUCGGACGCAUGGCCGACGCCCGGGCCCAGGUGCAGAAGGCCGUCUACGAGGCGGGCAGCUUUCAAUUCAGAUACGGCUACAGCAUGCCCGUCGAUGUGCUCUGCGGCCGCAUGGGCGACAUCAGUCAGGUGUACACGCAGAAUGCCGAGAUGCGUCCGCUCGGCUGCAGCAUGGUGACGAUCGCCUACGACGACGAGCUCGGGCCCUGCGUCUACAAGACCGAUCCGGCUGGCUACUGUUGCGGCUACCGGGCCACCGCGGUGGGCACCCAAAUGUUGGAUGCCCUCGCCUAUUUGGACAGAAAGUACAAGAAGAAUCUCAGCGACGAGAUGACACGGCAGCUGGCCAUCAACUGUCUGGCCACGGUGCUGGGCAACCAGCUGAAGUCCGACGACUUUGAGAUGGCCAUGGUCAGCAAGACGCAUCGUCUAUUCCACAUACUCAGCCGGCAGGAGCGCGAGGAGCAGCUGGACAAAAUGAUCGGUGCAUCCAGGAAUUCUAGUCGUUAGUUCAAGUUCCAAAUUUCUAUUCCGUUUACGGCGUUUCCAUUGCUUUUGUAGAACGAAAACCAAUCAAAGACAUUAAUA